AUGUUCCGUCGUCAUUGUAGAUCAUCUUCCUCAUCUUCUUCAAGUUCUUCCGAAUCAGAUAGAUGUAGAAGACCAUAUAUGCCACCUCCACAACCAUUUAUGCAACCACCAAUGGGUACACCUUAUAUGGCACAACAACCCCAACAACCAUAUAUCGGACGAGGUGUUGCUCCAUCAGCUUAUCCAGUUGCUCCACCUCCUCCUCAAUCUGGUCCAUAUCUUAAUCAACCACCAGCUAUUGGAAGUGGUAUUGCACCAAGUUCUGGAAUUUAUAUCAAUCAACAGCAACCACAACAACAAUUCGGAAAUAGUCUUGGGGCUUCCCCAGGAAGUCCUUAUUUCCGUCCACCAAUUGGACAAGGAGUGCAACCAAAUCCAUAUGGUCAACAACAGUUUGGUCAGCAAUUCGGUCAACAACCUGGUCCAGCACCAUACAUUUCUAAUCAACCUCAGAAUUAUCCACAACCAAAUACUUUGGGACAAGCUGGAGCACCAUCGACAUUUGCUCGAUCGCCACCAACGUAUGGUGCAUAUGGAAGCAGUUAUCCAAGAGGUUAUUGA